GAAUUAGACGGGGGAGCUGAUCAUGAGAUCUUAUAAUGUUUCUAUUUUUGCAUCACUACUAUAUAGUAUUAUAUUUUCCUUCUUGUUUUUUGUAAAUGUGAACAGUACUUUUGAUUCCUUCCUUCAGUUUCCUACAUUGAAAGAUUCAAGAGGCAAAUCAAUAUCCCUUCUUUACGUGAAUGAAUUUGGAGCCAAAGGAGAUGGCAUCACCGAUGACACUAAGAUUUUUCAAGAUGUUUGGAAAAGGGCUUGUUCUUCAUUCUUACGACCAAAAAUUAUAGUCCCAAUUGGAUAUUCAUUCUUAGUUCGACCAAUUGAUUUUGUUGGGCCUUGCAGAUCAAAAGUUUCUCUAAUAAUUGAAGGUUCAAUAGUAGCACCAAAAGAUCCAAAAGUAUGGGAUAAAUUGGAUGCACGUAAAUGGCUUUAUUUUGUUAAAGUGAGACAUCUCACUGUACAAGGAGGAGGAACAAUAAAUGGAAUGGGCCAAAAAUGGUGGGCUACUUCAUGCAAGAUCAAUACAACCAAUCCUUGUGGACAUGCUCCAACCGCUAUGAGUUUUCACAGAUGCAACAAUUUAAAAGUGAGGGACAUAAGGAUGCUAAAUAGUCAACAAAUGCAUAUAUCAAUUUCGAAUUGCAUAAAUGUUGAAGUAUCACGUAUGAUAGUAGAAGCACCAGCUAAGAGUCCUAACACUGAUGGAAUCCAUAUAACUUCAUCUACACAUGUUGCUAUAAAGGAUUGCACUAUUCGGACAGGAGAUGAUUGUAUAUCUAUAGUCAACAAUUCUUCAAGUAUUCUGGUAAAAAAUAUUGCUUGUGGCCCAGGCCAUGGUAUAAGCAUUGGAAGCUUGGGAAAGUCAAAUUCAUGGUCUCAAGUGCACAAUGUUUGUGUUGAUGGAGCAUAUUUUUCCAAUACAGAAAAUGGUGUCAGGAUUAAGACUUGGCAGGGAGGUAGAGGGUUUGUGAGAAGGAUUAGUUUUAUGAAUGUGUGGAUGGAAAAUGUAUCAAAUCCCAUCAUAAUAGAUCAAUAUUAUUGUGAUUCUUCAUUCCCCUGCCCAAAUCAGACUUCGGGUAUUAGCGUUCACAGCGUAUCCUUCGUUGGAAUUAGAGGAACUUCAGCAACAAAAAAUGCAAUUAAAUUUGCCUGCAGUGAUAGCUCACCAUGUAAAAAGCUAUUUUUGAAAGAUGUGCAACUUGUUUCAUAUUUAGGGUUCCCUACGACAUCGUUUUGCUGGAAGGCAUAUGGAUCAACCUCAGGACUAAACAACCCCCCUUCUUGCUUCAACUUUAUGGAACAACCCACAAAAAAAUUGUCCAAUUUGAGUUAUCAGUCCAUUUGA